GCGCUUCGCUGGCCUAUCGCCUGCUCAAUCCCUCUUCCCUUGCAGGAGGCCAAGAAAGCCGCCGAGGAGGCCAAAACGCAUGGAGGUUGCCCCCAUCCACCAAGGAUCCUAACCCAGCCGAGAUCCAGGAGCAAAAACCAGCCGCAUUUGACCUGCGCAAACACCUGGAGGCAUCGGGGCACAGCGUAGACACCUGCUCCCAGGUGCGGGUGACCAACAAGUCCUGCAAAGGCUACCUGGUCAAGAUGGGUGGCAGGAUCAAGACCUGGAAGAAGCGCUGGUUCACCUUUGACCGUCAGAAACGUGUCCUGGCCUACUAUGCAGACAAAGAGGAGACCAAGCUUAAGGGCGUCAUUUACUUCCAGGCCAUCGAAGAGGUAUACUACGACCACCUCCGCAGUGCUUUUAAGAGCCCCAGCCCCAAGAUGACCUUCUGUGUCAAGACUGACGACCGCCUUUUCUGCAUGGUGGCCCCCAGCGCGGAGGCGAUGCGUAUCUGGAUGGAUGCGAUUGUCACACGGCAGAGGAGAACGUGUCUGAGUGAUGCCUUUUUCCUGCCCACGCGGAUGUUGCUGCAGCUUGUGAAACGCCACAUGUCACUGUGCAAGCCUCAGCAAUCAGCUGAUGUCACUGUUGCAAGGUCCACAGAUAGCAUGUCGCAGCCCUGA